AUAACAAAUAAUUUGAGGUUCUAGCUCGACACCAAUAUGUUCGUCUUUAAAAGAGAUGGUCGUAAAGAGAUCGUACAUUUCGACAAGAUAACAUCCCGUAUCCAGAAGCUCAUGUACAAUCUCAACACUGAGUUUGUUGAUCCACACACAAUAACUAAGAAUGUUAUAAAUGGUGUUUACAAAGGAGUAACUACAGUGGAACUGGACAUGUUAGCAGCGGAGACAGCAGCAUCUCUUGCUACUGAACAUCCUGACUACGCAGUGCUCGCUGCGCGUAUUGUUGUUAGUAACCUGCACAAGGAAACUAAGAAGUUGUUCAGUGACACAAUGGAGGACCUCUACAAUCACAUCAACCCGGACACUAACAGACACGCUCCCCUUAUCUCUACUGAACUGAUUAACCUUAUCAGAGCUAAUAAGGACACUCUAAACUCUGUUCUUAUCUAUGACAGGGAUUUCAGUUACAACUACUUCGGGAUAAAAACUCUGGAGAAGACCUACCUGUUGAAAAUAAACGGGAAAGUAGUGGAGCGACCCCAGCAUAUGUUGAUGAGAGUCUCCCUUGGAAUUCACUGGGAAGAUAUCGACACUGCAAUCGAAACUUACAACUUAAUGUCGGAGAAGUUCUUUACUCACGCCUCCCCUACUCUAUUCAACUCGGGAACUGUGAGACCUCAACUCGCUAGUUGUUUCCUAUUGACUAUGACUGAUGACAGUAUCGACGGUAUCUACGACACCUUAAAGCAGUGCGCCAUGAUAAGCAAAUCAGCAGGAGGGAUUGGUGUGAACGUGCACAAUAUUCGAGCUAAAGGUAGCUACAUCUGGGGAACUGGGGGAAGCAGCAACGGCCUCGUGCCCAUGCUUAGAGUGUUCAAUAACACUGCUAGAUAUGUCGAUCAGGGUGGCAAUAAGAGACCAGGUUCAUUUGCAAUCUACCUGGAACCAUGGCAUGCAGAUGUGUUUGAUUUCUUGGAUUUGAGGAAGAACACUGGUAAGGAAGAGGCUCGAGCAAGGGAUUUGUUCUAUGCUUUAUGGAUUCCUGAUCUGUUUAUGAAAAGGGUUGAAGCCAACGAAGACUGGUCCCUGUUCUGUCCCAACGAGUCACCUGGUCUCCAAGACACGUGGGGUGACGACUUUGAGAAACUGUACGUGCAGUAUGAACGUGAGGGCCGAGCCCGCAAAACUAUAAAGGCGCAGAAACUUUGGUUUGCUAUUAUUGAUAGUCAAAUUGAGACUGGGACUCCGUAUAUGGUUUACAAGGAUGCGUGUAAUAAGAAGAGUAAUCAGCAGAACCUAGGGACGAUCAAAUGUAGCAACCUCUGCACAGAGAUUGUCGAGUACUCCUCGCCUGACGAGAUUGCCGUGUGCAACUUGGCCAGUAUAGCUGUCAAUAUGUACGUUAAUAACGACAAGACGUACGACUUUGAGGGACUCAAGGAGGUUGCUAAGGUGGUGACGAGGAACCUGAACAAAGUAAUCGAAGUGUCCUACUACCCGCUGGAGCAAGCCAGGAAGUCCAACAUGAGACACAGACCUAUUGGAAUUGGAGUUCAGGGUCUAGCUGAUGCCUUCAUUCUGAUGAGGUAUCCAUUUGACAGUGACUCAGCUAAAAAACUGAACAUUAAGAUAUUCGAGACUAUCUACUACGGUGCCUUAGAGGCUAGUUCAGAACUAGCUGAAAAACUUGGACCUUACGAGACAUACGAAGGCAGUCCAGUUAGUAAAGGAGAUCUUCAGUUCGACAUGUGGGGAGUUACACCAACUGAUCUCUGGGACUGGGCAGCUCUUAAGAAACAGAUCAAGAGAACUGGUAUAAGGAACUCAUUGUUGCUGGCUCCCAUGCCAACCGCCAGCACAGCACAGAUUCUGGGAAACAACGAGGCUAUAGAACCUUACACCAGCAACAUCUACCUCCGGAGAGUCCUGAGUGGAGAAUUCCAGGUGAUAAACCAGCAUUUGUUACGUGAUCUGACUGAUCUAGGAGUGUGGGAUAGUGACAUCAAACAACAGAUGAUAGCUGAUAAUGGGUCUAUUCAGAGGAUAGAAGGUAUCCCUGAUGAAAUAAAAGCCCUGUACAAAACCAGCUGGGAACUAUCUCAGAAGUGCAUUAUCGACAUGGCUGCUGAUAGAGGUCCCUAUAUCUGUCAGAGCCAGUCCCUCAACCUGUUCAUGGCAGACCCUCAGCCUCGUAAGAUUACCAGUAUGCACUUCCACGCUUGGAAGAGAGGAUUGAAGACUGGAAUGUACUACUUGAGGACCAGAGCGGCAGUUAAUGCUAUCCAGUUUACUGUGGAUCAGACUAAGCUUAAGGAACUCAAGGGACUGAGAAAGGAAAACGCAGUUCCGAAAACUGAGGAAAAGGAGAAGAAAGUCCUGCAGCAAAAGAGUAGAGCAGAGUUAGAGAAAGAAGCGAUUGAAGCAUGCUCCCUAGCAAACAAAGAGAACUGCCUCAUGUGCAGUGGAUAAUGAUUAUGUAAUUAAUCAAUUAGCUAAUUGAGCAGUGACCAAGAGAGACUGAUUUUUAACAUUUUUACGUACAACGUAGUGUUACAGCCAAUAUUUAUAGAUCUUUUUAUGUUUAUUUAGAAUUUUGCUUGCAUGGAUCUUUUUAAAUUGUUUUCAAAUUUCAAUAUUUAUUUGAUAUUUCUACAUUCGAUUUGUAUUUCCCUCUAUUACAUCUCCAAUAUACUAAUUUCAAUAAAAAUGUGUUACAUGUUAAUCGACAUUCAAUCCAACCACAAUCAUGGUGCAGUGGCACAUUUAAAAUGAUUGAAUUUUUUAUGCUGUCAAUCGUAUUAUGUUAUUUGAAUAUCUUUGCUACGGCUUAACUGGUUAUCAAUUAUUAUAA